CUUGAAGCUUAGAUUCCAAACGCCAACGAUCGAUACGGUCAAUACCUGCUGUUAUUCCCAGCACAAAAUAUUUACAAUUACCAAAGCUGUCGCAUAAUUCCCUCGGUAGACCCGGGACUGCAUUGCGCAGCUUUAUUUCAAUAUGGCUUCUCAUACGCCGGCCGUUGUCAUGGACAAGUACGUUCGAGAUCCCCACAAGGCAUUCUAUAUCCCCGUGUCCCGAGGAAGGGGAUGCUAUCCAUUUGUACAUUUACUGAUGCUUCUACGAUAGCGGUACCGGAUAUUCCAAGCUUGGUUUGUUCUCUUUUGUCGACAAGAUAAGCAUACAAUUAACAAUGCAUCAAUUAUAGGUUUUGCUGGCAAUGAUUCUCCUCCUUCGUUUUCCCUACCGCCAUAGCGACAAAGGUGCUGCAGCAGCAGGUGCGGGUUCAGGAUCUGGCCGUCCUGCUGUUGGCAAUAAGCCUUCAUAUCUUACGGGUGGUGCUGGACCAGGAGGACAUCUCUCGAUGAAACGUGGAACUGAAGAUCUGGACUUCUUUAUUGGGGACGAGGCAUUAGCAGCCGCAAGUGGACCAGGUGCGCAUGAGCUAUAGAAUAUAUGGAAUUGGUAUUGAUGAUGGCAGGUUAUGGCAUACACUACCCAAUUCGCCAUGGACAAAUUGAGAACUGGGUAAGGGGCUCCAAGGUUACGUUUAGGAUAAAAUAGCUAACAUCUGUAGGACCAUAUGGAAAGGUUCUGGUCCAAUUCGAUAUUUAAAUAUCUCCGUGUCGAGCCAGAAGACCAUUAUUUUCUGUUAACAGAACCCGUAUGUGCCCAAUUCUCAUAUUUACGUGAGAAUUUCACUUACCAAACUUUCCCAGCCACUUAAUGCACCCGAGAACCGUGAAAAUACCGCCGAAAUUAUGUUCGAAUCCUUCAACUGUGCCGGUCUUUACAUUGCCGUUCAGGCUGUGCUCGCGUUGGCUGCGUCGUGGACUUCAUCAAAAGUUUCUGACCGAUCCUUGACGGGAACUGUAAUCGAUUCUGGAGACGGCGUGACCCACGUAAUUCCCGUUGCAGAGGGAUAUGUUAUUGGAUCAUCAAUCAAAUCUAUACCUAUCGCCGGUCGAGACAUUACAUACUUCGUUCAAUCGCUACUCCGAGACAGAGGUGAACCAGAUUCUUCCUUGAAGACUGCUGGUGAGAUUAAGGAGAACUAUUGUUAUGUCUGUCCAGAUAUUGUGAAGGAAUUUGCUCGUUUCGAUCGCGAUCCUGGAAGAUUUGAGAAGCAUACAGUCACGCAACCAGGUGGACGCAAAGUUACCGUUGAUGUUGGUUACGAACGUUUCCUUGCACCUGAAAUCUUCUUCAACCCAGAAAUUUACUCCUCCGACUUCUUGACUCCACUUCCAACAGUUGUGGAUGGGGUUAUUCAAUCUUCCCCUAUCGAUGUUCGUCGUGGACUCUAUAAGAAUAUUGUGUUAUCUGGAGGAAGUACAUUGUACAAAGAUUUCGGUCGCAGAUUACAACGUGAUAUCAAACACUUGGUGGAUGACAGAAUUAGAGCUAGUGAAGCCCGAAGCGGUGGUGCAAGGAGUGGAGGUUUGGAGGUUCAAGUUAUUUCGCAUAAGAGACAGCGACACGGUCCAUGGUUCGGUGGUAGUCUUUUGGGUCAAACCCCUGAAUUUAGAUCUUAUUGUCACACCAAAGCAGGUAAGUUAUUUUGGCUUUUCCUCAUCCUUCGAAUACAAUAUACUGACAUCAGGCAGAAUAUGACGAAAUAGGUCCAAGCAUUGUUAGAAGGUUCGCCUUGUUGGGAGGACCAGGAGGAUCAUAAGGAGCUAGGCCAUUAGCCGAAAGGAUAAGACAUUUGGAGGAAUGAAAAACUAUAAAUGUAUUGAAGAGUUGAAGAGUUGAAGGAGUUUGGGGGAACUAUUAAAGCGAUGAAUGUCAAGUGAAGUGUCUUACGCUACAUAGGGUGAGAUUGGUGAGACGUAGGGGAUGACAAAAAUUGAUUAAAUUGAUGCACAUCUU